UUUUUUAUUUUUUCAUCUGAAACUAAUUUCUCCUUUCAUUUUUUCGUGUUGUAUCAGAAUAGUAUAUACAACAACAUACAGUAAAAGGAGGCUGUUUUUAAGUUAAAUAUGUAGCUGCAUUAAAUACAUUGUGUGGAUGUAUUGUUUCUUUAAUACUUCUAUUCUGUACUGUGCGUUAUUUUUUAAAUUUCUUGUUUUAAAGGAUAUCUCCGUUUUUAAGUCACCUAUUCAAUAAGCAAGAAAAGAUAUUGGCAAAGUUGAAAACAUUUUCAAUAAAUAAAAUUCAAAAGCACUAAUGCAUUGUUCUAAAGCUCUUUGCAUGCCUGUGUUUAAGAGGAAUGAAAAGUAUAACCAUAUUCUUAUUCCAAACUUGAAAUUUAUGAGAAACAUUGCCUUCCAGAUACUCUUAUCAUAUCAGAGGAGAAAUGUAAGAAUAGAGCAAAAACGAGGCAUUUGGGGUCUUUAAUAUCUUAUUCAGAAAUUGAAAUUACUCAUCCCCAUUAGGUUUUAUUUGGGAGGCGGGGCUGUGGAGUUUUUGUUUUUUUUUUUUUUUCAACUGUGCUUGUCUGCCUCGGCGGAGUGAUUCUUCCAUCCCAGGGAGGAAGUUCCCUUGCAUUUCUUAAAACUCGUUUCACUGUAUUUCUUAAAACUUUUCUGAAACUCUGCAAACCAUUCAACAUUCAGCUAAGAAGUCCUCCUUUCUUCUCAAGAGGUGGACACAAAAGUUUUGCCCCUAUUUUAUAAGACAAAAAAGUGAGACACCCAUUCAGAAGGAAAAUAAUGUGGGAGAUGUCUAGGUGAAUUUAGAAACUGAGGCUACCUCCUAUCCUCGUAGGAUCAGCCAGCCCACCCCAGGUGAAUGACAUCUCCACUUUCCAGUGGGUCUCCUGCCUUUUAAGUCCCUCACAUUCCAAGAAAAUAAAGGAAAGCCAAAUAAAACAAGAACUUUCCUUUCUGCUUAACCACAGAGAGUGCUGGUAGUGCUUUCCCGUUCCUGAAGACGAGAAGUAAUCUUCAUCUUGGCCCUCCUGAUCUGGGAAGGGAGGGUUGGAGUGUGCCAUGUACGAGCUUUCAUCUUCUCUUUCGUUUAGGUUCUAUAAUGGUUUCUCAAAUCUCUGCCAAGGAUGUAGCUUGGACAGGCGGAGAUAUAGUGAGGACCCUUGGAGGGCUGCGAAAAUGAUCAAGGGCUACAUGCAGCAACACAACAUCCCCCAGAGGGAGGUGGUCGAUGUCACCGGUCUGAACCAGUCACAUCUCUCCCAGCAUCUCAACAAGGGCACCCCUAUGAAGACCCAGAAGCGGGCCGCCCUGUACACCUGGUACGUCCGAAAGCAACGGGAGAUCCUCCGACAAUUCAACCAGACAGUCCAGAGUUCUGGAAAUAUGACAGACAAAAGCAGUCAGGAUCAGCUGCUAUUUCUCUUUCCAGAGUUCAGUCAACAGAGCCAGGGGCCUGGGCAGUCCGAUGACGCCUGCUCUGAGCCCACCAACAAGAAGAUGCGUCGCAACCGGUUCAAAUGGGGGCCCGCGUCCCAGCAAAUCUUGUACCAGGCCUACGACCGGCAAAAGAACCCCAGCAAGGAAGAGAGGGAGGCCUUAGUGGAGGAAUGCAACAGGGCAGAAUGCUUGCAGCGAGGCGUCUCCCCCUCCAAGGCCCAUGGGCUGGGCUCCAACCUGGUCACUGAGGUCCGCGUCUACAACUGGUUUGCAAACCGCAGGAAGGAGGAGGCGUUCCGGCAGAAGCUGGCCAUGGACGCCUAUAGCUCCAACCAGACUCACAGCCUGAACCCCCUGCUCUCCCACGGCUCCCCUCACCACCAGCCCAGCACCUCUCCUCCGAACAAGCUGACAGGAGUGCGCUACAGCCAGCAGGGAAACAAUGAGGUCACUUCCUCCUCAACAAUCAGUCACCAUGGCAACAGCGCCAUGGUGACCAGCCAGUCGGUUUUACAGCAAGUCUCCCCAGCCAGCCUGGACCCGGGCCACAAUCUCCUCUCACCUGAUGGUAAAAUGCAGAUCUCAGUCUCAGGAGGAGGUUUGCCCCCCGUCAGCACCUUGACGAAUAUCCACAGCCUGUCCCACCAUAAUCCCCAGCAAUCUCAAAACCUCAUCAUGACCCCCCUCUCUGGAGUCAUGGCCAUUGCACAAAGCCUCAACACCUCCCAAGCACAGAGCGUCCCUGUCAUCAACAGUGUGGCCGGCAGCCUGGCAGCCCUGCAGCCCGUCCAGUUCUCCCAGCCGCUGCACAGCCCUCACCAGCAGCCCCUCAUGCAGCAGAGCCCGGGCAGCCACAUGGCACAGCAGCCCUUCAUGGCCGCAGUGACUCAGCUGCAGAAUUCACACAUGUACACACACAAGCAGGAACCCCCCCAGUAUUCCCACACCUCCCGGUUUCCAUCUGCGAUGGUAGUCACAGAUACCAGCAGCAUCAGUACGCUCACCAACAUGUCUUCCAGUAAACAGUGUCCUCUCCAAGCCUGGUGAUGCCCGCACAUCACUUACUUUGUGCACAGCAACAAGGACCCUAUUUUCCACACCAUCACCCUCUGGGCAGCUGUCAUGGAAAAACCCAGUGACCUGACAUCACCUACAAGAGGUCCCUGCUUACCUGACAUCCUGCUGGCGCCUCGGACAAUCCGCUCUCGGGAGGCGCAGCCCAAAGCCCAGCUUCCCUUCUAUGCAGUAUUGUCUCGAUGCCUCUCCCAAGAUGUAAAGUAUUCCCAUCCAUCCUGCAGAUGGGAGACAAGAAACCACGGAAGAGGAAGAGCGAAAGCUGUAGUGUCUACAUUAUGCUCCUUCGUCGAACAAACAUGUGAAAACUUGAAUCUGUUACUGAAAUGAGGAGAGGAGGACACGUGCUAUUGAACUGAGCCAAACACAGUGUAAAUAUCAGCAAACUCCCUCCCCCACCCCCAUCCUAACUGAUCUUGAGAAUUCUUUUAAAGAAGUAAAUUUGUCCAAUGGGUGUAAACUAUAAACUACUGUAAUUAAGUGCAAUUUUCCCCCCACUUCCUCUCCCCUCUGCCCUGUAUAUAAUACUAAAGUGUCUAUUAGUUUUCUUUGUAAAGGUCAGAGUUGAAUUUUCCACGUGAUUUGCCUCUUUUCUCUCUCCCCAUGGAGAAAUAUCCUAAGUCAGAAAUGAAGCCCUUACCCUCAGGCCUGGACACACACAGGGACUGCAUAUUUUGGACUGAUUGCCAGUGAACUCCAACUUCCUGAUGUUAAGACACACUUCCAGAUCCCUGGAGGGACUGAACAUAGUGUCAGAGUAACAUCCUAGCUUCCGGUGGGGCUAGGGGUUCAGCCAGUGCACCCCCCAAGAGAGUCCAAGGCAGGGAAACUGGCUGUUUGAUAGCACAAGAAAAAGUUGCUCUUUCAGAAAGCCUCCCAUUAAAACAAUUUAUUUUGUCACUGCC